AUGGAUGGCGACUGCACGGGUCCGAAUGAGAUUGGUCGGAAGCGCAAGGCUUUGACGGAAAUCAUUCACCGUGACGACCCAGGGAGAGUUUCGGAAGCCGUUCGUGGGGUUCUUUCUAGGAGCGAGAGGAGAUCUCUUAGGCGCGAGUUUAGGACGGAUUUGAACACGGUACUGUCUCUAGAUCGGAAAACGGCGGAGGCCACGGAACUGUCGUCUGCAGGGCAACCGCUUGAUGGGGGCCUGGGGGAAACAGCACAGAGCGGAGGCCCCUUGGCGUUGGGAGUGGCGCAGCAACUUCAUCAGCACCACCGAAAGAGAGGGGCUGCUGGCGGGGAGAGAACACCAGGCGGGAAGGAGAAGCGGACGCCGAAGGCGAAUACAACGUACAUACAUCCCGACUUCUUGUCCGCGGCCGAUAAGCUGCCGCCGCCGGAGAAGGGCAAGUCGAAAUCGUCUAGCCAAAAGAGGCGGGGGGGGAGGGGUAGAGCAGAAAGAUCCGCGCAGGCAGAAGACGCGGAGAAGCUCAAGUUACACGAUUACCACACGGUUAUCAAGAAUCCUAUGGAUCUGGGCACUAUCAACACGAGAUUGAAGGCGUCGGGUUACCAGCAUCCCGACGAGCUCCACAACGACGUGCUGCUCGUCUGGUCCAACGCGAUGACUUACAAUGGGGAAGGCAAUGACGUGUAUCACAUGGCGGCGGAGCUAAAAACAUGUUCGAGCAAGGGUACCAGAAGGGACAAGUCGGAAGUACUAGAGUUGGAGAAGCGGUUACAGAAGUUAGAGUCGCAGCUUGUGGCGAGUACUAAGGCGCAGCAGCAGCAAGGGAAGGCCAAGGGAGGUCAGGCUAAGCCGCGAGCGGCUGAUACGAAGAAGAGGGACAUGACGUUUGCGGAGAAGCAGAAGCUUAGUGUUAACCUGGGGAAGCUUCCUCCGGAGAAGCUAGACAGGAUUGUGCAGAUCAUAUCGGAGCGCAAUCCUGAUCUGAGUCAGAACGCGGAUGAGAUCGAGCUUGACAUUGACUCGCUGGAUAAUGAGACGCUGUGGGAGCUGGAGAGAUACGUCGCCAACUGCAUGAAGAGCAAGAGCAAGCGGAAGAAGAUCCCUCUUUAUGAUACUGUGCAACCCAAGGGCGUGGAUGCGUUUCCAGCAAGCUCAGCGGGAGACCUUAAAGAAGGCGAAGACAGCAUUGACAUUGGGGACGAAGGGCCUUUGCCUGCGCAGCCAGCAGGCCCCUCCAAGUUGGAACCAUCAAGGGCGUCAGCAGGGAAUGGAGCACAAGGCGGAGGGGCUGCCUCUGACUCGUCUGGCUCAUCAGGCUCCAGUGAUGACAGCUCCUCAAGUGGUGUGUGA